AUGGGCGAGAAUACGGAAAACAGCUUCGGCCGAGGCGAUGACGGCGGCGACUCUGAAUACUUGGUAGACUGGACCGGCGACGACGACCCGGGGAUGCCUCAGAACUGGGCAUUGCGUAAGCGCUGGACCGUCACGCUGUCCAUGUCGGCGUUUUCACUCGUCGCCUCGGUGUCAAGCUCCAUCGUGGCGCCCUGCCUGCGCUCCAUUGCCGAGGAGUUCCGCAUUGGGGGCGACUUCGAAGCCCAGAUGGUGCUCUCCAGCUUCGUGUUGGCGUGGGCCGUGGGGCCCCUGUUCCUCGGAGCUCUGUCCGAGAUGUACGGGCGCAUCUUGGUGCUGCAGGCGUGCAACCUGUUCUUCCUUGUCUUCAAUCUCGCCGGCGGAUUCGCCCGUUCGAAGGAGCAGCUCAUCGUAUUCCGCGUGCUGAGCGGCCUGGGGGCAAGCGCUCCGACUGCCGUUUGCGACGGCGUUGUCGCGGAUCUGUGGCGCGAAGACGAGCGCGGCCUCUCGAUUAGCGUGUACAGUCUCGCUCCGCUGCUGGGCCCGGCGAUAGGCCCAAUUGCGGGCGGUUUCAUCGACCAGUACGUAGGCUGGCGAUGGACCUUCUACGCCACAAGCAUCGCGGCCGCCGUCGUCAGCGUUUCCGGCGUCAUUUUGACCGAGGAAACGUACGGACCCGUCCUCCUCAGACGCAAGGCCGCGGAACUCCGCCGCCGGCUGGGAAACCCGAGAUGGACGGCGAAGCCGCAGCACGGAGAUGACAAGUCGGUGGCGGCCACCGUCUCUGCUACGCUGGCCCGCUCCUUUCGCAUGCUGGGGACACAGCCGGUCAUCCAGGUGCUGGGGCUAUACAUGGCGUACCUAUUUGGCAUCAUCUACGUGCUGCUCUCGACCUUUACCACGCUUUGGGAGGAGGCGUACAGUCAGGAUGUCGCCGUCGGUGGCUUGCACUACCUCGCAAUCGGCGUGGGUCUGCUGCUCGGCACGCAGGUUGGAGCACGGGUGAAUGACAGGGUCUUCAAGAAGCUGAAAGAUGGCAACGGAGGCGUUGGCCUGCCCGAGCAUCGCUUACCUCUGCUCGGUCCAGCCUCUCUCCUCAUCCCGGUCGGGCUGCUUGUCUACGGCUGGCCAGCGCAGACGCGUGCGCCUUGGAUCGUGCCGGACAUCGGGGUUGCCAUUUUCACCGGCGCCAGCAUCGUGGCGUUCCAGUGCAUCCAAAUGUACAUCAUCGACACGUACCCGCUCUACUCGGCCUCGGCCAUGUCUGCGGCUUCGCUGCUGCGAUCCUCGGCCGGCUUCGCAUUCCCCAUCUUCGGGCCUUAUCUGUACCAAAGCAUGGGGUACGGCUGGGGGAAUUCGGUCCUGGCACUGGUGUCUGUCGUCGUGGGCGUGCCUGCCGUGCCGUUGCUGUGGCGGUAUGGCGCACUGCUGCGGGCACGGAGCCCUUUUUGUUCAGGAGCCAACGCCGCAGUCGGGACGGUCCGGCCCUGCGCCUCGUCCGAGCCAGGAAUGGGCCGCGUCAGCAAGGAGGUCAACGCCUCCGUCUGA